CCUUUACUUCAUCAGAUAGCCGAACGUGAACAGUUUAGCUGAAGAGCACUUGCCUAAAAAACCAGGAGGGAGCGCGCGCUCAGCAUCCACGCUACAAACGGAUCUCAAGCAAGGAAAUUCGGUAUCCCAAGCUCUUCUUUCAUCAUGGACUCGUAUUCUGGCAUGUUCUUGACUCUGUGCACUUGGCUUGUUUGCUCUUUGCAUCUUUGUGCCAUUACCAGAGCGGAGGUAACUUGCGCCUCGUGCCCGUUACCAGCACUUGUAAAAAUUGGGGACGUCCAAAACAAUGCACGCACCAUCAUUCCCACGGCGGCUGGGAAAUCACUUGUCAGUUUCGCCCGCACGAGAUUGCAACCGGUUCUGGAAGGAGUUCAUGAGUUGGGAAAAGACGCGAACGCGAGCGGCGCGCCAAACUCGAUAGAAGUGGAAGUGGCGGCGCGCUCACCCGGAACGGUCUACGGUGCAAAAACACCGCCCGAGCAAACUACACGAGGAAAGCGAGGAUUUGAGGGAAAAGACAGUGCGUUACUGAGGCGCAAAAGGAGCGCGGCGCAACUGGAUGAAUUUGGCGCAAGCGCGCGGAGCGGAGAUUCCGCAGAGUCCAUGGAUGCGAUGCUGUUUGUGGAUGGACAGAAACUGCGACGCAACCGCGACGAGGGAAAAGUGACCACUUCCAGAUCGGAGGAACCCAAAGUGAGCAGUAGCACUUUUGCCCUGGCUGGAGACUCCGCUCACAACCACGCUGUCGUUUACUGGACCGGACAAAACAGCAGCGUGAUUCUGAUCCUGACCAAGCUUUAUGACUUUCACUUGGGCAGCGUCACUGAAAGCUCCCUGUGGAGAUCGACAGACUAUGGCACCACCUAUGAAAGACUGAACGACAAAGUGGGAGUGAAGACAGUCCUGAGUUACCUGUAUGUUUGCCCCACCAACCAGAGGAAGGUAAUGGUGUUGACCGAUCCAGAGUUCGAAAGCAGCAUCCUUAUAAGUUCUGAUGAAGGAGCGAGCUACCAGAAAUACCGUCUCAGUUUCUACGUCCUGAGUCUGCUUUUUCACCCUUCACAAGAGGACUGGGCUCUGGCCUACAGCCACGACCAGAAGCUGUACAGCUCAUUUGACUUUGGACGGAAGUGGCAUCUCGUUCACGAGCGAGUGACCCCCAACCGCUUCUAUUGGUCUGUAAGUGGGCUGGAUAAGGAAGCCGAUCUGGUGCACAUGGAGGCGUACACUUCUGAUGGACAUUGUCAGUAUAUGGCAUGCAGAGCCCAGGCUUGUUAUGAAUCGAGUAGGACGUUCCCGUUCCCCGGCUACAUCGAGCCAAACUCGCUGGUGGUUCAGGAUGAGUACAUCGUCAUUCAGGUGACCAUGUCUGGCAGAGCUGCUUAUUAUGUGUCUUACCAAAGGGGACCUUUUGCACGCAUCAAAAUACCUAAAUAUUCCCUUCCAAAGGACAUGCACAUCCUAAGCACAGAUCAAGGUCAGGUUUUUGCUGCUGUGCAAGAAUGGAACCAGAACGACACAUACAACCUGUACAUCUCAGAUCCGCAUGGUGUUUACUUCACUCUGGCUUUGGAAAAUGUCAAGACCACCCGAGGUCUUGGGGGCAACAGUAUGAUAGACCUGUACGAGGUUUCAGGAAUCAAAGGCAUGCUGAUCGCAAAUAGAAAAGUGGAGAACCAGGUGAAGACGUACAUCACUUACAAUAAGGGUCGAGACUGGAGGCUGCUGCAGGCGCCCACUACAGACCUGGAGGGGAACGAGAUUUACUGUGUGCAGCCAUUUUGUUCGCUACACCUUCAGCUGCAGAUGUCAGAAAACCCUUACGUCUCUGGAAGUAUUACCACCAAGAACCCGGUGCCAGGAGUGAUCAUCGCUAUAGGAAAUAUGGGCUCCGAGCUUUCCUACAAUAAUGUAGGAAUGUUUAUAUCAUCAGAUGCUGGCAAUACCUGGAGACAGAUAUUUGAUGAGGAGCACAAUGUUUGGUUCCUGGAUAAAGCAGGAGCUUUACUUGCAGUCAAACAGCCUACAGUUCCCACAAGGCAUUUCUGGAUCAGCUUUGAUGAAGGGAGACAAUGGACACACCAUAUUUUCUCAGCCAUGCCUCUGUUUGUGGAUGGCGUUUUGGUUGAGCCAGGCAUGGAGAAUCAGAUCCUGACGUUUUUUGGACACUUCAGCGAUCGCUCCGAGUGGCAGCUGAUCAAAAUCGACUACAAGUCCCUGUUUAACAAGCGUUGCUCUGAAGGAGACUAUCAAACAUGGCACUUGCACAAUCAGGGUGAGCCAUGCGUAAUGGGCCAAAAGCAGAUCUUCAUCAAACGCCGCCCAGGCAACUACUGCAUGAUGGGAAAGGACACCAGAAUCCUAUCGGCUGAGCCUUGUAUCUGUCGAGCACAUGAUUUUGAGUGUGACUAUGGCUAUGAGCGCAGAGGUGAUGGUAACUGCCUUCCUGCUUUCUGGUUUAAUCCUGCCACUGUAUCACGGAGCUGCAGUCAAGGCCAGAACUACUUCAACAGCACAGGUUAUCGCAAAGUAGCAGCAAACAACUGCACCAAAGGGGUGAAAGAGAUGUACACAGCCAGGAAACAGCAGUGUCCCAAUCGCCCCCCUCGAGGACUGCACCUGACAACCCGUGACAGCACCCUCAAAGCAAAUAUGGGCUCGAAUGUCACCUUUAUUGUACAACUGGAAGAGGGAGACUCGAUGAGGACUAAUAUCCAAUUGGACUUCGGGGACGGGACGGCAGUGUCCUACUCUAACCUCAGCUGGACGGAGGAGGGGAUCAGACAUGUGUACCGCAGCACAGGAAUCUACCGGGUCACUGCCAUUGCUGAGAACAGCCUGGGAUCUGAUUCCAGCUCCCUGUACCUGCAUGUGACUUCUCCUGUUGAGCAUAUCCAGUUGCUGGCUCCAUUUGUGGUCAUUAAGAACAAGGAAGUGAACCUGACUGCAGUGGUGUGGCCCUCUUACUCUCGAACCCUCACCUACUUCUGGUGGCUGGGGAACAAUACAGAGCCCAUCAUCACUUUAGAGGGUAGCAUAUCCUACGUGUUUCCAGUGGAGGGGACAUACGCAGUAACGGUGCAAGUCUCAUCAUCCAACACCAUUCUUCAAGACACCAAACAAAUCGUUGUGCAAGAAUUCUUCAAGUCCCUGCUUUUAUCUUUUUCUCCUAAUCUGGACGAGGCCAAUCCGGACAUCCCAGAGUGGAGGCACGAUGUAGGCAGGAUAAUUAAAAAGGCUGUGCUCCAAAUAGCUGAUAUUCCUGCUGAGCAGCUGCUGGUGGCAGUUUUCCCUGGACUCCCGACAGCUGCAGAGCUUUUCCUGCUUCCCAGCAAGAACCAAUCAGACAGCAGGAAAGGGAGUGAGGAGGAUCUGGAGAAGAUCUCAGAAAUCCUCGCCAAUGCACUGAACCAGAACCUGGUAGAAUUUGAACUGAAACCAGGAUCCAGAGUUAUCGUCUACAUCACACAGCUAACAUUAGCUCCACUGGUGGACUCAAUCCCUAGACACAGCAGUUCUGCCAUGCUGAUGCUUCUCUCCGUGGUGUUCUUGGGUUUAGCCGUUUUCCUCAUUUAUAAAUUCAAAAGAAAAAUUCCCUGGAUUAAUAUAUACGCUGAGGUGAACCAAGAGAAAGAGCAGGAGAUGAUCGGCACGGUGGGUCAGAACGACACAACCCCCAAAAUUAAGCUCAGCGAAUUCUCCAGCCCCAAAGAGCUUAUGGAGAAAGAUUUAGAAGUCCGCGUUAAACGUGGAAUGAUCAACGCCUGUGAAAGCACAAGAGAGAUUCCCAACUGUACAAGUGUCUGAAUGAACCAAGACAAGUUGGAAGUGCAGUGUAAUCAAGUGUACAGACGUGUUGCCAUUUUGAAAGUUCUGUAUGUUCUCCUUCAUUUUGUAAUUUCAGAAACAGUCAUUGUUAAUAGUUUUCUAAGGACCUCGUUUAUACAGAUUUGCAUGGAAGUCUUGUUUGAUAAGAUCUAUGCGGAAAACCUAAACGCUUAAUGAGACCUUUUUAAUGAUGAUUAAAAACAUUGCUUGUUUGAGAGAAAAUAAUGAGGCACAGUGGCAAGUUGAGAGCAAACUAGUCUUUUGUCCUUCACGACCAUAUUAAAAAAAAAAGAAGAAAAAAAAAAAAAAAAAACACAACUGUACCUUCACAAUGUAUUGAUGGCAAAAUACGCACUUCAUGGGAGUUUCAUUGUGUUAAUGACAUCUGUUGCAGAACCAGAAUGUAUAAAAUUUAGCUGAAUCCGUUUUUUUCCAUCAUUUUUCCAUCAUCAGUCAUUUUAUAGGACGCAAAUCCAGUUGAAAAACAGGCAGGGAAAAGAAGCUUUGAUGCUUGUAGCUAGUCAUUUUAAGAUCUUUAAAAGAAGAGAAAGAGAGAAGCAGUGCAAUACUUAGGUAAAGAUCUAAAAAAAAAAAUAUGUUGAAUAUUUUUCAUUAUGAAAAUAUGAUCAACUUACCCAGAGAUAUUAUUUAUUCUAUAUCUAGAUUUUUUUUCUUAAAUUAAUUUUGUACCCAUUUUCUAUUUUAACUCUCUAUAGUUAACUCUCACCAACUUAAGUUAAAGGCCAGAUCAACAAUAAAAAUGCACAUUGACAAAUUUGUUCAUUCAUAGUUGUGUCAAGCACAGACAGAGCAAAACAAACUCAUAAUAGAUAAAAAGCAAAUACACAAACAAAACACUUGGAUAAGUCACUAGCAGAAAGCUAGGACUUCUUAAAGACAGGUAAUUUCUAGGGCGAAUGCUGGGUGGGAAUAGGUGUUAGUGAUUAGUAUCCUUGGGGAAACUAGAACACAAUCGCUGAUCAUGUGACAGGUCAUUUGACUGGGUUUGGAUGAGGAUUCUGGGAAAAGGCGUUAUUUAAUUGCAGCCUUAAUUAAAUAUUUUCAUGCAUUUGUAUUGCAACAGACUGCUGUAAAUAUUAUAGAAUAGUUCAAUUUUGGUAUAUUAACAAGUGGUGCCAAAACAAUGAAAAACAAUGCUGUGAAAUUUAACAUGCUUUAAAAUUCUUUAUUAAGCAAAACAAAACAAAACAAAAAAACAGUGGACAAAAUGGAAAGAAUCUCCUGCAAAGGCAGCAGUUGUAAAAGUUUAUUUGGGUUAAGUCAUCCAUCUUGAAAUGACCAAUAGUUCAUUUUAAUUUCAUUGUCAUCUUUUCAGGAUUUUUUAAAUUUUUUUUUAUUUUGGCCUUGUUUCAGAACAUAUUAAGUGAACGCCUUACAAAAACAAUGCCUUAUUGCCAUAUUACGUGUUCUGCCAUCAAAACAUGUCCACUUCGUAACUUAAUUCCUACACAUUCAAGCAAAGGAUAUUGUAUAAAGACGUACGAUAAAGUAUUUCUAUCAAAAAAUGAGUUCUCUUGUUUGUUUGUUUUCUAUCGGAUAUUGUGUCAUGUCUCCCAGGGAACAGCUUUGAACUGUAUCAUCGUCACGAUAGAGCUUCAGAUUUUCAUUUCUCUGUAUAUACAGCGCAUACGCUGUCACUUUCAUAUGCUUCUAGUGUAAAUAUAGUGGCAAAGACAAAACUGUGAAUCAUAACACAGUAACAAAAAAAAAAAUGUGUUGAGUUUACUUUUUAUGGAAUCAUUGAUCGUUUUGGCAAAUGUCCUUGACAUGUGCAUGUUAUUUACAAGGACGUGAUCUACAGUAAGUGUUGUAGAUAGUAAGCAAGCACUGUAAAUAGUUCUUUUUUUAGUCAUCAAUGUUGGGAUUUUGUUUUGUUUUGUUAGGUUUUUUUAUUUUUACAUAAUACAUAUUUGGUCCUGGUAUUUCCCUGUUGUUCACCUCUUUCACAUAGAAAUAAAUUCUGUUUAGCAGAAACUAUUUGGGAAAUAUAUGAGGAUAUUUUAAAAUGUGAAAUAAGAAUAUUACAUUUCAAAUUUACCCAAAUAAGGAAAUACGUGAUCAGUUACUAUUACCUCUGCUUACUGUUUAUGCAGUUUAAUGCACCGUAUCCAAUCUUCUAUGUGAAAGAGGUAAUGUUUUAAGUAUCAUUUCUAGAUUAUAUAACAUUUUACAAAGUUAUAAAAAGAAUCGAAUGCUCCAAUACUUCGUUAAGUAGCCAUCAUCUAAUAAGCCAGUUGUUUGCCCUUUGAAUCUAGUACUUCAGUACUUUAGUAGUUUAUCAUUUACACCAAUCAGUCAUAACUUCAGAACCAUUGACAGGUGAAGGGAAUAACAUUGAUUGUCUUGAUUCAGUGAUAAUCAAGCAGUGGGAUGUAUUAAGCAGCAAGUGAACAGACAGUUCCUGAAACUGAUGUGUUGGAAGCAGGAAAAAUGGACAAGUGUAAGGAUCUGAGUGACAGAUUGUGAUGGCUAGAUGACUGAGUCAGAGCUUCUCCAAAGCAGCAGGUCUUGUGGGGUUUUCCCAGUAUGCAGUGGUUAGUACAGAACAAAAGUGGUCCAAGGAAGAGCAACCGGUGAGCCAGUGACAGGGUCAUGGAUGCCUAAGGCUUACUGAUGCAUGUGUGGAGCAAAGGCGAACCUGUGUGGACGAAACCCACAGAAGAGCGAAUUGAUGGAACAGUUAAUAAUAGAAAGGUGUCAGAACACAAAAUGCAUCACAGCAUGCUUGAGUACAUGAGGAAAAGAUGGCACAGUGCACUAUGGGAAGAAGACUAGCUGACAGAGGCUGUGUUGAUAAUGUUCCCUGGCUGAUCAGUCUACAUGGCUUGUUACGGGUUUCUUUCACUUAGUUUCUGUACCUCUACAUCAUAUGGUCAAGGCAGAACUUGCUUGUCCAUGCACGCGUCCCUAAAGCAGAUUAGUACCAGUUAUCACUGGAACUAUGGCAGGUUAGUUCUAGUUAUUUAUAGGCAGUCAUUCCAUUUUCCUUCUAAAGUUAAUAACCUUGUCAUUUUACAGAGAAACCAGAAACUACAAAGUCACUCUGUCCUGACCACUGUUCUAUGGUGGAAAACUACCUGAAUGUUAUAUAGUGCACUGGACACUGGAGACUCCUUCCAAAAAUGCUAAAUAACUGUCUCUUUAAAGGAAAACAUUUACCAGAAGACAAAGUGCAGAAACAAAUGCAUUCAUGUAAACCUGUGAUUUGUCUUGCUGUUUGAAUUACACUCUCUAACCAAUCAGAAUAAUUGAUUUCAGCAGCACUGUUGUAUAAUGUUAAGACAUUUUGUUUAAAAAAAAAAAAAAGUUUAAUAUAACCCAAAGUACACAGCAUGUUUGGUAUCUGUCCAAUCAGGGUUGAGACAUCCUCACCACAAUCUGAUAAUGUGAGCUGACUGUGCCAUCAUCUCACAGGCGAUUAUUUUGUUUGACUGGGACUUUAGACUAGUUUAUUCAUUUACAUUUAUGAUAUCUGUCAGACGCUUUUAUCCAGAGCAACUUUUUAUUUCAAUUUUUAAGCUAAGCAAUUGAGGGUUAAGGGCCUUACUUAUGGGCCCAGUAGUGACAGCUUGGUGGACCUCAGAUUCAAACUCACAACCUUCCGAUCUUUAGUCCUAAUAAGCUACCACAUCACCACAGACUAAAUACUAGAUACAUUCCAUUCCCACAUUAAAAAGAACGUCUGAACAUUCCUGCAUUUAUUUGUGUUUAUUUAUCCAAGAUAUUGUGGAUAAAUCUUUUUGUGUUCCAUCAUGCUUUUCAGCUUGGCACAGUUGUAAAGAGUAGUUACUAUAGUUACCAAUUACCAAGUUAACAGAAUUUUCCUGUCACUUGUUACCAUUCUUCUGUAACCUUUCUCAUCAACAAGACAUUUCCACCCAUAGACCUGCUGUUCACUAGAUAAGAGCAGAUAAGGAGUUUUUUUUCUCCUCCCAAAUGAUGAUUGAUGUGAACAAUAACUGAAGAUGUUGACCUGAAUCUUCAUCUAGUAUACACUGCACUGCUGCAACAUGUCUGGGUAAUUGCAUAAAUGAGUAGUUGUUCAGGUGUUACUAAGUAAGUGGUGGAUAAUGUGAAUACAUCAACAACUAAGAUAUAAUAAAAUGACCACUAUCCUACUGCGAGGAUUUUAUCUUUUGUAAGAUUUAUCUCAUGAAAACUCAGGAGACAUUACUUAUUGAUAAACCAACAUUAAACAAAAUGUGAAGUGCUGAUUCAGCGUGGGUGAUGUUACUUACUAACUUCGGCUCAUUUACAGUUUCCUCUUUUCUACUCUACUACACUGCACUUUAUUUUUAACGGUGCAAGCAUCGUGUAAACAGAUAACGAGUUGGCCUGGGUUUUAUUUAAUUAUCACAAACUCUCCUAGCAAGCUAUUUCCUGCCCAAAAAAACCUAAAACCCUCAUUUCCUACAUGCAAGUGCAGCGAUCCAUGCAUGCUGAAGUCAGCAUGUAAUUAACGUUUAGCAGACAGGAAAGCAGGACUGACACUCGUAACUCAAUACACCUUUGCUCAUUAAAGCUCACCACUUUUCUCUUGGCAUGCUCGUCCAUCACAAUUCUAAGCCUUCAUUAUUCAGUUCAAGUGUGGCAUAUUCACGUGCUUUCUUUUUACUCCAUUUCAUGCUUGCUGAUUUAUAUGAACAUACAUAUAGCUCUACAAACUGUAUGGAAAAACACAAAGGUUAAGGCUAGGAUUAGGAGCUGGGGUUUACACAAAUUUGAAUUUAUACAUCAUCCUUGCUUGGGGAAAUUUGUACAGAUCACACAUUAUUCAUUUGGACAUCGAAUGGAUCUCAAAAUUGAAAAGCAAAUGAAAAAUAAUUCAUCUAUUAUAGAACUAUCAUCAGUUCACACUAGCAAGCGACAAGUUGCUCAUGUCACUUGUCCAGUAGUCUCCUGUCUCCACUGUUGCUGCUUGUGGCUGAGAAAGAGAGGCUAAAAUGUACGUAAGGCUAUAGCUAGCUAGUUAAAUCCAAAUUAUAUAGUGUGCUAAUUAUUUCAUGCUAGGCUUGGUAGAAAGCGAGUUAGCAGAAUUGCAAAGCGAGCUAAAUAUACCAGUUACAUACUCUAGCUCACCAAAGGCACCAAUGAUCUUUGCUACUUGCAUGCUUUAAUUUCCUUCAUAACACACACUGAUGCACAUUUAAUGAGAAGUUAUAUAUGACCAGGAAGAUAAUUCCAGGGAGAAACUAAAGUAGAACUGAAGAAAUGUUGGAUCACACACGGUGUAGGUUUGGUUUAAACAGUCAUUCAAGACAAUUUAUCAGAUUUAAUCUCUAAUAUGCCUAGAACUAAGAAAUACUUUAUUUGUAAUGCUUAAAUUGUGUCUCCAUGUUGUGGUCAUAGAUUGAAACUGAAUAAGCGAAUGACCGCUGCUUCUUGUCGCUCGCUAGACUGACCCGAAUUUUCCCUGCAAAUUUUACAAUCCAAAUAUUACAAAAUUCUAGACAGUUAUGCAAUUUCACAGCUAUUUUUUUUUUUUAUUGCUUUCAAUGCUUAGAUUUUUGCUGCCUUUCCUUACCCUUUGUGACAAAUAUAGACAUGCUAAAGGAUUUUGGGAUAAGGUGCAAAGGAAUAUUUCAAAAUUAAACUGGUUAAUUUUAUUUUAUUUUUUUCCACCAGUUUCAGAAUUAUCCAUAGUAAAGACCUUGAAGAAUUGAUGUAUGGCAGCAAUGCUCUGUUUUUUUGUUACACCAUUUUUACUUUCAGGAGUCUGCUUCAACUCUGGAUAAGCUGAUACAAUAUGAAUGAUGGUCUGGAAAGCCUGUUAGCAUCUGUCACAGGAUUUUACAUCAGAAUGUGCAGUGUGUUCAGGCUAAGAGUGUUGUAGUAUAUAUGUACACACACACCUCAAAUUGCUCAUACUUACUCAUUAUUUUCAGUGUUUUCUCAACAUGUUCUUUUUUUUUUUUUGCUGUUAUCUGAUGUAAUUGGCUCCACUUCGGUGGGGAUCAUUUCUUGGUCCAGAGCAAAAUUUAGCGUAAAAAAAAAAAAAAAAAAAGACUGAAAAUGUAAGAAAGCAGAUGAGCUAAUGAGCUCCUGGUCCUUGUUGUUUAUUGUAAAUUGUUUCAAUGGGCAACUGCAUGGCUCAUGAUGACUGCUCAGUACCAUCUUUAGUUCAGCAUUUCUAUAAGAAAUAAUUGUCAUUUUGAAAUUGUUUCAAAUAAAUGUAUUUUUGUACAUCA